AUGGUUCACUGUAUAGUCUUCGGCACUAUUCUGGACUACUCCGGAGCAAUGAGCGCUGUAUGCGAUAUCCGCCUGAAGAGCAGUGAUUCCUCGACCGAUACAACAGUGCAAUCCUCGUGGCAGUGGGAUGUGAAGAGAGUCACUCUUGAGAUCAAAGCUCACAUCAUGCGAACUUUAAUGCUGGGGGUCGGGCCGCACCUGGACACUGCCCACGAACUCCAAGCUGGCAUCCCGAUUCAUAUGCCCAUGUAUGAUGUGCCUUGCAUAAACUCCCAGAUGGUGAACGUGUAUCACAGACUGCCAUUAUGUGGUAAUGCUUGUUUCAAAUCUAAUAGAGACGGUUCCUGA